UCUACACCUUCCUUCUCUCUCCCAUUCUUCCACUCCUCAUUUUCUGAACUUCGCUCUCUGCAGCCCCCCGCUUCCCCAUUUUCUGGGUCUCCUUCAUAUCCCUCCCUCUUUCUCUCACUCUCUUCCUCCCCUUUGUGUGAGUAAUGGAACCUGCGAAGAUUGACUGGAAGAGAUUGGAAUGGCACUUUGUAGAAGACGAAAAAUACGAGCACAUUAACGCACCAAAAUGGGUCGAUUUCUUGGCCCCAGACAAAUCCGUGGACGAUGAGGACUGGUUUUGCAGACCCGAUUGCAAGCAUCCCAAGACGGUGGACGAUUUUCUCAGAUCGACUCCUUCAAAGCUUUUGAGCUCGGCUGAUUCCCCAGGACUUCUUCCAUUGAGUGACCAAAACAGGAGAGAUCAGAAGUUAAAGAGAAGGGUGCCCCCCCUAUCUUCGGCUUCCCCUGAUGGUAAGCUCAAAUUCAACCAAGACAGUGAGAACCAAAACCCAAACCUGGUGACACCACCAAGUAAUCUAUUCAAAUCAAUGAAGGCAUCAAUCAAGUCAAGUGAAGAGAAAAAGAAACUCAUUCAUGACACAUCACAGAACAGCAAGGUGCCUUCACUGAGAUCCACACUCUCAGCGAAGAAUUUGUUUGCAGGGCGGCCAAUCUUGAGCCAAAUCACCGAAUUCUGUAAUGAACUGAAGAAAUUGGCAACAAGAGCUACAGAGAGAGAGAAUGAUGAAAAUAUGAGUGAGGUGAAAAGUGAAGAGGGCGAGGAGAAUCAAAAAACAAAGACAGGGCCUCCACCUGUUCAGCCUUUAGAACAGUCAGUUAAGGAAGAGAAAGAAAGGAAGCCGCUGCUUGAAGUGACAAAAAAAUCUGAGGAAAGCAGCAAUAAACCGAAGCUGCAGAGAAAGAAAAGAGCGGAUGAGACUGAAAAUAUGCCUAUUCUGCUGGACUUGGAGAAUGUGAGACGCAAGAAAGAUGAGAAUUUACUGCAAAUUCGCACAAACCCUCCCUCUCCUCAGUGCUUCUCUGCCACUCGUGAUCGUGAUCCAAAUAAAACUACCCCUUCAAAGGCUUCCAAAUCCAGAUUAAGGGAGAGAGGUGUUCUUCAAGCGGUUGUGCAAAAGGAGGAGGAAUUUCCUGAGAACAAUAGCCAAGACAUGUCAGUAGCUGAUGGAAAGGAAGCAAGAGCUUUGGACGUGUUCUGGUUCUUGAAGCCUUGCUCAUUAUCCAGCUAGCUAACUGAGACAAGCCCGGGAAAAUUGCUAUACUUGAUUCUUUUAUUCUUUAUAUAUCUCUAGAACACAGAGUCCUGCAGAAAACCACACUAGUUUAUUUAGGUUCAUAGUCAUUCUUUUAUUAUUGUAUCUUCUUACUUCCAUAUUCUACAAAGUGAUAAGAGGAACCUGAAACUUAAGGAUUCAUCAAUACUUGUAUUAAACCAAAGACUUGGGAAUAAAAUGUUGUAUCUGCCCCUUUCUUCU